AUGUCGGGCUUCCGCUCUAUCCGCGCCUGGCUGCAGAUCAUCAGCAUCAUGAUGGCCGUGCCCGCCUCGGCCAUCAUCCCCUCUGUGCCGGCCACAUCGACGACGACGCCAUCACUUGCAGCAUACAAACACGUCCAAGUCCCCAUCGCCGACCGCACCCGCACCGCCAUCCCCUCCAUAACCGCCGGCCCGUCCCUCCACCAUGCCGCCCUCCGACCGCGUGACUCAUCCACCGCGAGCUUCAACACCUGCGGCUUCAUCAACAGCAACGCCGACUCGGCCCUCUACUGCGGCGGCGCCUACUCCUGCGUCUUCUUCCACUCGACGGGCACCACGCCGGGCAUGGCGGGCUGCUGCGCCGACACGUCGUACGAGACGUGCAACUGGUACAGCACGUGCUACGACAGCGCGCAGCUCUCCACCGCGUGCACCGACGCCGGGUGCCGGUCGGACGCGCUGGCGCUGCGCUGCACCGACACGGCGUCGCCGCGGUGCGCGCGCUGGACGUGGCCCGCGCUCGGCGUCGUCGACUUCGCGUGCACGUACGCCGAGGACGAGGACGGGAAUACCGUCACCGCGACGACGAAUUGGACGACGGUCGCGGUGAGCGCGGUGGAUACGUUUUGGAGCGAUCCCGUGAGCUGGUCCAUGAACGUGACGUGGGCGCCGGCGUCGGCGCUGUCGGCCAAGAGGGCGGAUGCGAGUGAGGCUGCUUCGUCGUCGGUGUCGGAGGCGUCGUUGGGGUCUGGGUCUGGUUCCGCGUCGGCGUCGGCGUCGGCGUCGUCGGGCACGGCGGGAGCGGGAGGAGGGGGAGGCGGCAGUGGUGGCACGUCGACCGGUGCUAUCGUCGGCGGCGUGGUGGGCGGGAUUGUUGGUCUCGUCGGACUGGUUGCCGCGGCGGUCAUGUUCUGCUGUUUGAUGAAGCGGAGGAAGCGGGAUGCCGGGCAGCAGCAGCAGCCGGCGCAGCUGGACGACGGGCACUACCCGCAGUCGUCGAAUGCCCAUGAGCUCCAACAGCCGAUGGGGUUCGCGCCUGCAGGGGUGGAGGGGCAGGGCUAUCAUGGCGGUGGCGUCUAUCAGGCAAGCAGCUAUCAUGAAAGCCACCGCUUUGAGCUGGGGAAUGGAGGAGGCAUUCAGAGGCCGGUGAUGGAGAUGGAUGGACGGACGAAGAUAGCGGAGAUGGGUGCGUAG